AGGAUUGCUGUGUUAUGGGCCGUGCUUGGGCUCAAUGUGAUCCGAGCCGUGCCUCUGCUGUCACACGCGGUUGCGAUUUCCCUUCGCUUUAGGCUCGCGCAGUCGAGUCCAUUGAUUGUUGCCAGCUCCCGGCAGCCGCCCGAACAACCCUCCAGACCACCCGCGGCCCCCCCCCCCAUCGCCCAUCAUGGCCAGCAGCAAACGCGCCGCCGCUCGAAAUGAGAAGAUCCUGCAGGACCUAGUCCAGGGCCAGACCUGCGCCGACUGCCAGGCGCGGAACCCAGCAUGGGCAAGCUGGAGUCUCGGCGUCUUUCUUUGCAUGCGAUGUGCUGCAAUACAUCGCAAGCUAGGGACGCACAUCUCCAAGGUCAAGUCCCUCAGUAUGGACAGCUGGUCCAACGAACAAGUCGAUAACAUGCGCAAGGUCGGCAACGCCACGUCCAACAAGAUAUAUAACCCCCAAAACAAGAAGCCGCCGGUGCCAGUCGAUGCCGAUGAGGUGGACUCGGCCAUGGAGCGCUUCAUCCGCCAAAAGUACAUGAACAACUCGGUCUCGGGUGCCAUGCGGCACAACACAGGCAGCACUGAGUCCGACGAGACCCCUCCGCCGUUGCCACCCAAAACUCCCAGCCGCUUCGGCUUCCGGUCCGCGUCUUCGAUAUUCCCCCUGUCCUCCAAGGCGAAGAAGGAAAUGGCGUCUUCUUCGGGGCGGCGCCCGCCCUCCUCCCGCGACGGCCAGGAUCGCAAUGAUCCCGACUCCCCGCGCAACAAACCGUCCAGGGUCUUUGGCGCCUCGGUGCAGUACGAGGGGGGUGCCGACGACACCGAGGUGAAACUGGCCAGGCUACGCGACAUGGGCUUCCUCGACGACCAGCGGAACUCCGUGGUGCUGCGUGGGAUGGGCGGCAAUAUCGAAAAGACGGUUGAGGCCCUCGUGCGGCUGGGUGAAGGGGACGGCCGGCCAGUAAGGCUAGCGACUUCGCCGAGAGACCCUGUCGGCCCGAUCCAGCGGGCCGUUACACCAACGUCGACGCUCAGCGUCCCUCAACCUGGGAGGGCACAGUCGCCAGCGUCGCCGUCCCCAUCCACCAACCCGUUUGACAUGCUAGAUCUAGCGCCUGCGCAGCCGCAGUCAUCCCAGUCGACAGGCACCCUCCAGAACAAAAAUCCGUACAACAGCCCAACGAACCCCUUCGCCGUUUCGCCACAGCAGGGUCUCGUGCUCGACCAAGCUCUUCAGAACAUGUCGCUCUCGCCAUCGCAACCUCUGUUUCCGCAUCACACGGGUGGGUUUGGCGGAGUCACGCAGGGUCAGGUAGUACAUCAACAGGGCCAGUUGCAGGUGGGCAUGCAGCGGCAGCAACUGCAACAGCAACAACAGCAGCAACUCCAACAACAGCCCCAGUAUGCGGCAUAUCCACAGCAAGUGGUAUUGCCAAAUCCGGCCAUGGCCCAGACCAUGAUGUUUACCGGGAACCAGGCAUUCCCACCCCCGCCUGUUCAGCAACCGAUGCUGACGGGGAACAACCCCUUUUUUACGAACACUACUGUCCCACAGCAGCAGAUGCCGCAAGUGCCCCUGUCGGUAAACACGGCAGCAUCGCCGCUCGUGCAGUAUGGCGGUAACCCUUUCCUUCCGAAAUCCCCGGCACGUGUGCAGUCCCCGUCGAUGCUAGCACAGAUCCCGGAGCAGGGUCAGCAGCAGGACUUUUACGCCAGCCCUGCCCCUCUGCAGCAGCCGUGGUCGGAUCCGGUCUCGGCGCUGCCAUAUGCCUCGCCGCUCAGUGCUACAACGCAGAACAACCCCUUUUUCACUUCGGCGCAGCCUUUGAUGCAGCCGCAAGCGCCUCCACGGGCGGACACGGCUUCCAUCAUGGCGCUCUUUAACGCCCCACAGCCGUCGACCAACCCGUUCCAGCCUCAGAUGACGGGCCAGCCACCAGCACCGACGCCCCACCCUCUAUUCCAAGGACAGCUGGCAGCGUCGCAACUCCAGCCACAGUACCAACAACAGUACCAACAACAGCAACAGCAACAGCAACAGCAACAGCAACAGCAACAGCAACAGCAACAGCAACAGCAACAGCAACAGCAACAGCACCAACAAGCCCAGCUUCAAACCCAAAGCCUGGGCGUGCAGUCGGCGGCCGGGGUCUUGGCAAGUCCAUUAGCUUCAGGAAACAAGAACCCAUUUUUGAGUCUUGGCGGCGGCGGCACGAUGGACGCCACAGCCGGGACCGGCUUUGGUGGCGCCAGGAGUCGAGACAGCGUGCUGGCACAAGGCCUGGAGUGGAGCAAUGGGCGCCAUAGCCCCGAUGCCUUUGCCAGUCUCAGCGCCAGAGACAUGCGAUGAGGGGACUGGCCCGGCUACGCGGUCAAUUUGUAAAAAAAUAAAAUUGUGUCAGGCGACCUGUCGGAGGAGUCUAGUGAGGGGCCGGCUGCAAGUUUGGAGACCAGUGGCUGGAAUGCCCGGCUAGACGCCCCUAACUUCUGUUGCUGCAAGUAAGAAUUGGGACCAUGUAAAAUGGGGCUUUUGUAUAUCACCCGCCGAGGGCUGGCCAGGGCUCUGUUUGUUGUACAGCUAACUUAUGGGGGUUCGUUCUAGGGGGUAAGGGAGAGGGCGCCAAGCCUGCCUGGAGCAGUUUUAUCAUGCAUGUACCUGGUAGGCAGGUAGACAUUACACUAAUUGGUUAAUAAGCGCAUAGUGCUCAUUGUGGUGGCCAGUUGGAAGCCGUGAGACUCGAGGUACCG